AUUCCUUCAACCUGUUACUACCAUCGUCUAGAAUUUUCUUUCGAUUUCGGUAUCAACAUGUUUCAUGUAUAAGAAGCAGAUCGUUCCGAAGUCAUGAAAGCGUGUUAUGUUCCGUGGACACUAGUGGUACAGUCGUUUAAAUUGUUCAUUUAUGUGCCACGAAAUCGCACACACGUUAAAGCGCAAAUACGUAAAUGUCAGUCAUACGGCUAAGCAGAUCGGUGUAGGUAUGUGACCGGGUGUAAUCAAACAAUUUGAAACAGGGAGACGAAAAAACUUGUCGCACCAAUAGUUCGAAUUUCAAAUCGCUAUUAGUAUAUGUACUUACAAUGGAGGGCCGCCAGGUAAGAGCGCUGUAUGACUUUACUGGAGAGCCAGGAACAGCAGAGUUGUCCAUCACAGCAGGAGAAGUGUUGACUGUCAUGAGAGAUAAUGUGGGUGAUGGAUGGUGUGAAGGGUUUAAUCAGAGUGGAAAGUCUGGGUUAUUUCCAGCAGCAUAUGUUCAAACUGUUGAAACAACAGCAUCUGCUCCAAAUGCUAUGACAUCAUCCCAACAGAGUUCAGGAGACUAUUGGGAUGAUGAUUGGGAUGAUGACUCUGAAGUUGGUCAAACACAGGCAUAUGUUCCUCAACAGCAGCAACAACAACUGCAGCAUAUGAUACAAUUACCACAACAGCAUAGUGUUGAUUAUGGAGAUUCAGUUUCUAUGCAAACUUAUCAUUCUGUGAUACCUGAAAGGCCUAUACCCAACAUACCAAAGAAAAACAAUAAAUUUUCUACAUUAAUUAAGUCUGGUGAAGAUAGUUUUUUAUUAGGAAUGAAAGUAGCUAAUGUUCCUGAAAGUGAAAAAAUAUAUAUAGAUGAGAUUGAAAAUGGACGCUAUAGAUGGGCUCCAAGAGGAGACUCUUACAACUGUGUAGUCACAUCUCCUAAGAAGGGAUCUAAACUAAAGGGUCUUAAAAGUUUUAUAGUUUACCAACUUACACCAACGUUUAAUAAUAUUCAAGUUUCAAGAAGAUACAAACACUUUGAUUGGCUACGUGAACGUUUAGAAGAAAAAUAUUGUUUUAUUCCUAUUCCACCAUUACCAGAUAAACAAAUAUCUGGACGAUACGAAGAACAAUUUAUCGAACAUCGACGCACACAAUUGCAAGAGUUCGUCGAUUAUGUGUGUAGACAUCCUGUGCUUGCGCGUAGUCGCGUUUGGGAACAUUUUAUGACUUGUACAGAUGAGAAAAGGUGGAAAGCCGGCAAGAGACAGGCAGAGAAGGACGAAUUGUUAGGUGAAACUUAUUUUAAUGCCAUUCAAUGCCCUGAAACGAGUUUAGACGUUAUAAAGGUGGAAAUUCAAACGGACGCUUUUAGUAGAUUUAUAAACGGAUUAGAUCCAGUAGUUAAGAAUUUUAUGGCUAUGGCUGUUGACCAAACGAAGAAAAGUCAGGCUCUUUACAAAAGGGAAUUCCAGAAAAUUAGUCAAUGUUUUAGCGCGUUAGGUCACGCGUUAGAAGGUGACGACAGUAGUCGAGGAAGACUGACUUAUGCGUUAAAAGUAACGGGAGAUGCCUAUAACGAUAUAGGCAAAUUGUACGAGGAACAACCCAAGUUUGAUUGGGAACCUCUUGCUGAUAAAUUUCAUAUUUAUAGAGGAAUUAUCAGUAGCUUCCCAGAAGUAAUCAGUAUACACAAGACUGCUGUGCAGAAGCGAAAAGAUUGCGAGAGGCUAGUAAGCGAGAAUAAAAUGGAGCUGCAACAAUUGCGAGAUCUCUCCCAACGAACGGACGUGAUGGCACGUGCUCUUCUCGCUGAAGAAAUGCAUUUUCAGACGGAACAAGAGAUUCAUUUAACUCAGGCGAUGAAAACGCAUCUUACAGAGCAAAUUACGUUUUAUCAAAAGAUUGUAGAUAAAUUGCGGGAAGCUUUAAAUGCAUACGAAGGCUAG